AUGUCUAUCGUACGGUCGCGUAGGUGCGAAGACUAUUGUAGCCUGCAAGUGCUCAAGAAGGCCCGUAGUCUGAAUCCAAGGGGAGAUGGCAGGCCCUUGAUAUCUCUUUUAGCUGGGGACAUACUAGGGGCGGGAGCCUUUUAUGAAGCUCAGCGAAGGAGAGAUCAUGCCGCACAUCUUUUCGCUUCUUUUGGUCUGUGGAGUGCAGCGUCAGACACCUUAAAGUUGGCAGCCUCUUCACGCAAUCGGUGGGAAAACAGCUGUUUGGAUCACGUUCGGACUGCCCUGGCAGAAGCCUUGAAGGAAAGGGGGAAGUGGCGAGAGUGUAUUGAUCUGUACUCUUCAGUGAGGCCUCAAGAGGGACUUAUUGAGGCAUAUUUCUUUUCUGAAAAGUAUGAUGAACUGGAAGAACUGGCCAACGCGAUCCCUGACGGAAAUAAAGAAUUGCUUUUCCGCGCAGCCCAAUUGCUUGCUGCUUCGGGGAAGGGAUCAGCGAGUGCAGCGGCUUUUCUCAAAGCGGGAAUGCCGGAGCUUGCUGUUGAUGCCGCCUUAGAAGGUGCGGAGUGGGCACAGGCUGUUUCCUUUGCUAGGCAGCACUGUGACAAAGAUAAAUUAGACAAGAUAGCCACUACCUACAAAAUUGCAGUCCAGCACCAGAGCAAGAACUGCAACAACAUGGACAUAGUGGAGGCCUUUCUCAACAUUGGCGCCUUCGAGGCAGCAGCCCAAGAGCUGACGAGCCUUCCCAGCCGCCUCCUUCACGUUCAAAACCCUCAGCGCCAGCGAAAGAUGCACGUAUCAGCUGCAUUACUUGUUCGGCAAAACCGUUUAAGUCGCGGUUCUGCAAAAGAUUCUGAAGAGAGGAAGAAAAGCAUUGGAGAUGUGCUGCAGCAUGCCAUCUUUACCUUCUUUGUUGUUUCCACUUAUCCGAACGGCGAGCUCGUGCAGCUCUCUGCGUCGCAGUAA